AUGUGGCCGAAAGCGCACACAAGCAUUUACAGAGCACCGGAGGAGCUGGCCCGGAUCGAGGCUUUGAAUGAUAAGGACAUCUUUCUACCGAUGGAAUAUAUCCAAGCCAUCUGGAUUCCCACUGUCAUUAUUUCUAUGAUCGUUGUGUACGUGGUGUACGGUCUAUGCUUUGUUUUGGCAAAUGUUGUAUUACCGAGUGAUUCUGGUGUUUUUCGUCGAAGAAAGCUUUCCUAUCAGAUGGCAAGUGUUUUUGGCAAUGGUUUCCUUGCGGCCUCCGGUCUAUAUUACGAAUUUUUUACAGUAUCCGAAACGCCCACGUUGGAGGACACCAUUUCGGGCUUUCAAGAGUUUUAUAUUUUGAGCGCAUUUCAAUUUGGAUACCAGCUGUGGGCACUGCCGGUGGGAAUAAUACAUGCUCAAGAAACAACCGCUAUGGUUGUUCAUCACUUUGCGGUAUUGAUGGUCAGUAUAUUCUCUGGCUGCAUGACCAACGGUUUCAGAUAUCACAUCCCUUUCUUUUUUGGUAUGUUUGAAAUCAGCAGUGUUCCACUUGUCAUCAUGAACAUGUUUAAAGAGAACCCAACCUGGAUUGAGAAACACCCCUCGUUCAACCAUCACGUUCGAGUAGCCUUUGCCGUUUCUUUUCUGUGGAUUCGCAUUGUCAUGGAUUUUUCACGGGCAUACGUAUAUUUGCGCGACGUCUUCAUCCUAUAUACAAGCAAUGACUCUCUCUCUUAUGUCAUUUUCAUGUCUGGCGUUUUCAUGAGCUCCCUCAUCCUGUUUUUCUUACAAUUGUGGUGGGGAUGGCAAAUUGCUUUGGGGUUGUGUAAGCUUCUCCUUGGUACAUCAAAGUCAGUAGUUACAAUCCCGAAAGGGAUAAAGGGAAUCUAG